UGUAAACUGCAAUAUAAUCGCUUCGUAAUUCUAGUUCUUUAUACUGUACUAAGACAGAAAAGCAAUUCACCAUGUCGUGUACACUGGCGUGUUAUAGCUGCAAGAAAACCUUUAAAAGUCUUCGUGCGCUCAAGAAACACUGGGAAGUUCAGCACUCGCAUCAAAUGUUGGAUGAAGACAAACUACAAUUCAUGAAUGGCACCGACAAAACUUACAUCGAGAUACCACCCAAAACAACGUUGACCGUCAAUUCAGUAGAAUACAGUGGUUACACUCUAUGGAUUGUUGGUGUUGCAGAACAAAUAAACGCAUCAUUUCAUCCAAAUUUACCAGGAGGCUGGAGUAGAGUGGACCUUACGCAAGUUCCUGAAGCUUACUUUCAACAUUUCCUCAGUCGACUAUGCGCCAAAGUGGACAAUAUUCGGUUUGCUUCACACAAACGACCUCCAGUGUAUCACCAUACUGCUAAGAGAAUUURAUACAAAAUGUAUGAUAUUGAAGACUUUUUGAAAUGCAUCAAUGAGCAAACGCAUGUAAAAGUCAAGCGUUCAGCACUUUUUUCAGGGACCAAAGAAAUCCAGCGUCCACAUAKCUCUAUAGAAGACGAGAUUCAAGCUGCGGAGGAACGUAACGUUUGGAGUACUAGUAAAGCAGAGACAAGAGCCACUUUCCAUGUUAACAUGGUCGUAGAAGAAGGCCAGGGACGUUUGACCCGUGAACUUGAAUUGAUUUGGUGGCCAAAUGUAUUUUCAUCGAAAAAUGGCCAUCUGACAAUUCGAUAUUUCUUACAAAAAACGUCUCUUUAAAUCAAUCGCUUCUAUAUUAACAUUACAUUAUACUUUUUAUAUAAUAGAAUAAUAG